AUGGCCUUACACAAAGCUGGUUUAAGUAAAGAACAAAAGAAAGCUAAGAAAGAAGCAUAUCUUGCCAAAAUGAAAAAACUCUUGGAAGAAUACAAACAAGUUGUUGUUGUUAAAUGUGAUAAUGUCGGAUCAUCUCAAUUCCAAACUAUCAGAAAAGAAUUAAGAGGAACUUGUGAAUUUGUUAUGGGAAAGAAUACUCUUAUUAGAAAAGCUAUCAAGAACCAAGCAGAAACUCAACCAGAACUCGAAGAACUUCUUCCACACAUUAAAGGUAAUGUUGGAUUCAUUUUUACUAAAGGUGAUCUUUACCAAUUAAAGGCUAAACUUACUGAACUUAAAGCACCAUCACCAGCUAAAGCUGGAGUUAUUGCACCAAAUGAUGUCAUUGUACCAGCUGGUGAUACAGGACUUGACCCAACUCAAACUAACUUUGUCCAAGCAUUGAAUAUUGCAUCAAAGAUUACUAAAGGUCAAAUUGAAAUUACUUCAGAAACUCUUCUAAUUAAAGAAGGAGAAAAAGUUGGAGUAUCACAAGCAGUUCUUCUUCAAAAAUUAAAGAUUAAUCCAUUCAAAUAUGGAGCUGUCAUUGAUGUAGUUUAUGAUAAUGGUAUUGUUUAUGAUGCUAAGGCUCUUGACUUAACUGAAUCUGACAUUGUCAAGAAAUUCCAAGAAGGUGUUCAAGCUGCUACUGCUAUUUCACUUGCCGCUAAUCUCCCAACCGAAGCAGCCUGCCCACACAUUAUGCUCAAUGCAUUCCAAGCUCUCCUUGGAUUCUCAAAAGAGAGUGGUGUUGUAUUCCCAUUGGCUGAAAAGAUCUUCAACAACAUGACUGCCGUUGCUGCUACUGCUGUUGCUACUGAAACUAAAACUGAAGAAAAGAAAGAAGAAGCCCCAGCUGCUAAAGAAGAAGAGGAAGAAGAAGAUUUUGGAGGAUUUGGUGAUUUGUUCUAA